GGGCAAGUACAAUCUUUGGUUUUUUUUGCAUGAUUUAAAAUCUUUAAAUAAUAAGAUGUAAUAUUAAGUUUUUGUUUGUUUUUCCAAAGAUUGCUUUAUUUAUUAUGGCUUCCAAUUCAAGUAAUAUUCAUGAUGGAGAAGACCGAGACGAAGACUAUGAAAAAGAAAUUUAUGUUACUUCACAUUCGGAUUCAGAACCUUUUGAUGACUCUCUUUGUGAUACAUCGGUGAAGGAAGAUGAAGUCAGUCAUGUUAGUGCUGAUGGUGCGUCAAAUAAGUCAAGAAUUCAACUGCCAGCCAAGUAUUUCACAUUCAUGCACGACCAGAUGAGUGGGAAGGGAUUUAAGGUUAAAUGCUUGUUAUGCCACAUGCAUAAGACCAAGUACGGAAAAAAUGGAAAGGCAGAGUACUUGUCCAUAACCAACAACUCAGUGUAUAAUGCUAAAAGGCAUAUUAAGACUAAACACCCUUCUCAUCUCUCUGAUUUCAUUGCUUCGUGGAGAAACAAGAGAGAGGAAUCUACAUCUCAAGCUACAAGCAAUGAAACAAAGAAAAUGGCACAAACCAAACUGAGUGAUCAUUUGCAUUCGAGUUCCUCAAAAUUUAAACAAAUAAGAACCCAAGAAGAACUUGACGAGGCGAUCUUGAAUCAUGUCAUCGCAGAUCUUUUGCCAUUAAGUGAAAUCGAAAAAGACGGAUUCCAGAAGCUUAUUGGGGGAUUGAUUGGCCCACUUGUCAUCAAAAGUCGGCGUUCGAUGAUGGAGAUUUUAAACCAAAAAUACGCAAGAACUAAAUCAAACCUCAUUUCUGAACUUGAAAAGGUGGAUUAUGUUUCCACCACAGCUGACUGCUGGACAUCCCACCGCAAGAGCUUUUUGGGAAUGACGGUUCAUUGGCUAGGGGAAGGAAAAGAUUCGAAAGAAAUUAUCCGGCGAAGUGCUUGUCUUGGUGUUCGGCGACUUUAUGGAGCACACACUUACGACGUGCUUGCCAAGGCAAUGUCAAAUCUCCAUGCUGAAUUCCGGAUUAGCAACAAAGUAAACAUCACCAUUACAGACAACGGGUCGAAUUUUCUAAAAGCUUUCAAGAUGUUUCCAUCAAUGGAAAAGCAAGAUUUACCAGAAGCUUCCUGUGAUGAAGAUGAUUUAAUUUCCGAUGAAGAUGACAGUGAAGACGUCAUUUACGUUGAUAUCGGUUUGAUUUUAGAUCAUCGCAACAACAUUCAAGUGGACGUAGAAAGCGGCGAGUCAUGUGGCCUUGCGGUGCCGACGCAAGAAAGUGAGAUAAAGGCAACUCAAGAUGAGAUGGAGUUUGACAGCGACAGUGAUAUUUGCGACGUUGGCGGUAGAAUUUUUCUUCCUCGUCAUUUCCGCUGCACUUGUCACUCCUUAAAUCUGAUUGCCACUGCAGAUGUCAAAACCAUCACCAAUCGUCAAUUUACAAAAUUGAAAAAACAGUUGGACUUAAAACUGUCUGCCGUUUGGAAUAAACAAAGUCGGAGUUCCCUAGCUUCUGAUUUCAUAAGAAAGACUAUUGGUGAGUUAUUCGUUAUCCAUAACGUAACACGGUGGAACAGCUAUUACAACGCGAUGUGCAAAGUGCAUUAUUUUGUAUCGAAGAAAAAUGAAGAACUUCAAACAAUUUUUGAACAUUUCAAGCUUAAAAAACUGUCAGCCGCUGAACAAGAAUUCCUUAAAGAGUUCAUUAAAGUUAUGAAGCCAAUUUCUCAAGCCUUGGACGUGUUCCAAAACGAAGAAGCUAUGUCAUUGGGAUGUGUUCUUCCUGUCAUUACAAUAUUGAAGGACAAACUUACAAGUCUCCAACAAGAUAGAGGUAUCGUCCAUUGCAUUCCACUUGUCAAUUGUCUCUUCGAUGGUGUAAGUAGAAGAUUCGACACCUUGUUCGACGACGACCAUAUGCGUCUAGCGGCUAUCAGUGAUCCGCAUUUUAAGCUAUCUUGGGUUCCAGAAGAAUCAAAAAGCAACGAUAUUGUUCUUCUUAAAAAAGAAGUUCAAAGGCGUGCAAAUGCAAUAGUUGACGCAAAUGAAAGUAGCUGCGAUGAAACAAGCCAAAGUGAUAGUUCACCAAUCAAAAAGAAAUCUAAAAAUCGGUUUUUGAACAGCCUAAGAAAAAGGGCCUCUACCGAAAUCGGGGAAGUAGAUCGGUAUUUCAAUGAUGUCGCCGGUUCUCUGGAAGAUCUAAGUCGUUUCCCGACGAUUAAACAGAUAUUUAUGGAAUACAAUAGCGCGCUUCCAUCAUCUGCUGCCUGCGAAAGACUUUUUAGCACGGCUGGUCUCAUUUUUGUUCCGAAACGGUCAAACUUAUCGGAUAGCAAUUUCGAUAAGCUGGUUUUUUUGAAACAAAAUGGAAUGUCGUCGAGGAACUGGCAGAGUUGCCCUUCAAAAACUACCUACGCAGCAAAAACAUUUUGAUGCAUCUUUGUUGCAAAGUUCCCUUUUUGUUUUGAUGUUGUGUAAUUGUGUUGUAACAUGUUAUUAUAAAUAGUAAAUAUGUUAUUAACGCUAUAUGGCGUAUCCAGAAUGAAGCCUGAUGAACACUGUUCA